UUAGACCAACGGAUUGUUACUUGGUUCGACAACUUGGCCCCAUAGAAAUGCCGCUAUACAUCACUUGUCAGUUGGUGGGGACUUGGGAAGCCGAAAUGCCAAUAUUGUUUCCAAAAUGAAGAUCCAAACCCAACGUCAACAAUAAUCGUGUUCUCCAAACUCAAAACUUUCGACGGAAAUUAAAACUCUAAACCCUAGACCUCAUUGGAGAGCAAAACAGGGAUCGAUUUGAAGAUCCAGACAGGGAUUUUGUAUACCAGAUUGGGAAGUCUACAUGAUGGUAAAACUGAGUGCUUGUUGAAAAGGCUACAAAGAAUAGGGUUUCAUGUAGAGAAGGGAAGCACUUAAAUACAGCCGAGACUCAACUUUCGUAACCUAAAUCAAGGAGAAGAAGGGGGAAAACCAGGACGAUUCUGAGUCUCAAACAAUCUCUCUCUAACAAUGGCCGAGGAAAUUGAAACAGUCUCAAUGGAAAUCGAUGACAAAAAAACAGAUCAGAUCAACCCUAAAUUCUCAAUUAAUGUACUGCAACUAUUAAAAUCUGCUCAGAUGCAACAUGGAUUACGCCAUGGAGAUUACACUCGUUAUCGGUAUGUUCAAUCUUGGAAUUUGAGUGAGAUACUGUACAACAAGAGGGCUAUAACUAAGUCUACUGUUACUGAAGUUAGGUACCUCCAUGUACUUCUGUGUACAGCAGAAAGGGCUUGGAGUCAUGCCAUGGAGAAAAGGCAGUUGCCAAAUGGGCCUGUUCCAUGCCAAUGUAUCUAUUUGAUUGGUCGAUUGAGAAAGGCAGUCAAGUGGGCCUCACUUUUUGCGCAGUUGUGUGCCGUCAAAGGAGAUUCCAGGACAUCACUAGAAGCUGAGGCCUAUGCUUCUUUUAUGAAGGGUACUCUUCUCUUUGAGCUCGAACAGAAUUGGGAAACAGCAUUGAUGAGUUUCAAGAGUGCCAGGGCUGUUUAUGAGCAACUUGGCAAGUACGGUGACAUAGAAAACCAAGUCUUAUGCCGUGAGCGUGUUCUAGAGCUGGAUCCCAACAUCAAUUAUUGCUCAAUCAAAGCUGGUAAAUCAAACAUAAAGACUUCUGAACUCGCAGAUAUGGGCCAGAUGGAAGGACCUGCGUUGGACCUCUUCAAAGCUAAGCUCGAGGCCGUUAUGGAUGAGGCUAGGUCCCAACAGGCAGCAUCCAUGACAGAGUUUAAUUGGCUUGGUCACCGGUUUCCAGUUGCAAAUGCCAAGACUCGGGUCUCGAUUUUGAAAGCCCAGGAGCUGGAGAAAGAUUUGCAUGGUUCUGCAACAGUGCCUGCUGAGAAAAAAGUAGUCAUGUAUGACAAAAUUUUUGCUGCAUAUCAUGAAGCUAGGAGCUGCAUACGCAAGGACUUGGUUAAUGCUGGUGAUACAGAGAAUGUAAAAGACGAUUUAAGUGGCUUAGAUAAAGCUGUUUCUGCUGUCUUAGGACAACGAACGAUAGAGCGAAAUCAAUUGCUGGUUAGCAUUGCAAAAAGCAAAUUUGCAAGAAAUCGUGAUGACAAGGUUGAAAAAGCCACAAAGCCUGAGGGACUUGUUCGCUUAUUCGAUCUUUUAAUACAGAAUACUAGUGAUCUGUCUGACUUAGUAACCUCUAGAAGAGAUAGCACUCCAGAAGAAGUGGCAUUUGCUGAAAAAUUUGCACUAAAAAAUCAGGUGUUUCGGGCAGAGAGGUGCUUCUACUUGGCAAAGUCUUAUAGCUUGGCUGGAAAGAGGGCAGAAGCAUAUGUUUUGUACAGCCGUGCUCGAUCCCUUGCUGAAAGCACCCUCCUGAAACUUAAAGCUAUGAGUAGCUUCGAUAAGGACAUGAUCCAAGAUCUGGAAGUAUUGUACAACAACAGCAGAUCGAACAUUUGCAUAGAGCACGCUGCUGGAAUCAUGGAGGAGGAGAAGGCUCCAGAGAAAAUCACAAAAGGAGUCUCUAGCAUAUCGCUGACUGAAAGUGGCAACAAGGCUGGGAUAUUCCUUCUAGAGAAGCUUGAUGUUUACGAAUCAUCAGUUGCUGAUCCUAACACCAAAGGAGUUCCACAUAUCGAACCCUUCCCUCCAGCUUUCCAGGCAGUUCCUCGGAAUCCAAUUGUCCUGGAUAUCGUGUUUAACUCCAUCGAGUUCCCAUCUCUUGAGAGCAGGAUGAAGAAGGAAAAGAAGGGUCUCAUCAGUAGGUUUUGGGGAUGAAACCUCCUUCAGUAGAUGAUUUUGUUUCAUUUUUAACCUUUUCAAGCAGGAAAGGAUUUUUGAAUUUUCUACAAAUUGUGAAUUGAAGAGCAGAUAGAAGAAGAUUACUUCUGAAUCAAAUCUUACUUGACAUUUGUCGGGAUUAUCUGUGUUCAGAUCAAUGAGCUCUAGGGUAUCAACAGUGUAACAAAGAACAGUAUACUUUUAAAGAAUUUAUACAAAUUGGGUUUA